UUAUUCUCCUAUUCUUCUUACUUGAUACUUCUCUCCCGUUUCGCUCGGCUCUGUUCCUCGUUUAUUGCUCAGUUUAGUUCUUUUUCUUUUUGCUUUUUGUACAUCUUCUGUUUCAUUGUUUAUAGACAUUAUCUACGCGGGACUAACAUGCAUGGAAAAAUAAAGAAAUUGUUUUUAAAAAACAAUGAAAAAAAAAAAAAAAAAAAACUAAUUAUUGGGUCAUGGCGGGUGAACCCAGCAUGGAAGAUCUGAUAUGGGUCCCAAAAAGAGGAGCCCGAUAAUGACCCGAAAACAGAAGCCCCGGUGCCCCCUCUGAUUGCCCGAAGGUCAAAACCAGCUCUUACUCCCCCCCUGUAUGAAGCAGAGGACUCUGACUCUCCGAGCGGAACGGAGCAACUCGAAAAUGAAAUCAGAGACAGUGACGUUGGUGCUGGUGAAUCUGGCUGGUAUAAUGGAGAGCGCCGACGAGGCGCUGUUGCCAGGGGUAUAUAAGGAGGUCGGCAAAGUACUGCACACCGACCCAACUGGGUUGGGUUCACUCACUCUGUUCCGAUCCAUAGUGCAGUCCUUUUGUUACCCACUAGCUGCGUACCUGGCUCUGCGCCAUAACCGUGCCCAUGUCAUUGCCUUCGGAGCUUUCCUCUGGGCCGCCGCUACCUUCUGCGUGGGAAUCUCCUCCACCUUCUUUCAGGUAGCAGUCUCCAGAGGUUUAAAUGGAAUUGGACUUGCCAUAGUCAUACCUGCCAUUCAGUCCCUUGUUGCUGACUCAACCAAUGAGAGCAACCGUGGUUUGGCUUUUGGAUGGCUACAACUAGUAGGAAACCUGGGAUCAAUCAUCGGCGGGCUGUGUGCUGUACUUUUUGCCUCAACAUCUGUCAUGGGUAUACCUGGUUGGAGAUUUGCUUUUCAUCUGGUUGGAAUCAUAAGUGUCGUGAUUGGUAUGUUAGUCCACCUAUUUGCAAAUGAUCCGCAUUUUUCGAAGAGAAAUAGUACAGCUAAAAAUCGAGUUCAUAAGCCUUUUUGGUCGGAUGUAAAGGACCUACUUAAUGAAGCAAAAUUGGUUGUUAGAAUUCCAUCCUUCCAGGUGAUUGUGGCUCAGGGUGUUUCUGGUUCAUUUGCCGGGUCAGCUUGGUCGUUUGCCCCCAUGUGGUUGGAACUCAUUGGUUUCUCCCAUGAAAAAACGGCGUUCCUUCGGACCAUACAAAUAAUUGGUGCUUCACUUGGGGGUCUAUUUGGUGGAAGGAUGGGUGAUAUAGUUGCAAAGCAUUUACCCAAUGCUGGAAGAACAAUUUUUUCACAGAUAACCACGGGUGUGGCCAUUCCUUUAUCAGCUAUUUUGCUGCUAGUAUUGCCUGAUGAUCCAUCCACGGCAUUCAUGCAUGGACUGGUCUUGUUCAUUAUCGGAUUUUGCACAUCCUGGGCAGCUCCAGCAACUAACAAUCCAAUAUUUGCAGAGAUAGUCCCUGAGAAGUCUCGUACAAGUAUCUAUGCAUUGGAUGAAUCAUUUGAGUCCAUGCUAGCAUCAUUUGGCCCUGCUGUAGUCGGGAUAUUGGCUCAGCAUAUAUUUGGUUAUAAACCAAAUGUGAAAGGAUCUUCAAAUUCUGUAGGGAUUGAAACAGAUAGAGAGAAUGCAGCAUCACUUGCCAAGGCACUCUUCAUAGUAAUUAGCAUUCCAUCUGCAAUUUGUUGCUUCAUCUACUCAUUCCUCUAUUGCACGUACCCAAGAGACCGUGAACAUGCAAGAAUGGAGGCACUGAUCAUGUCAGAAAUGCAAGCACUGGCAGCAGAUAAUUCUCCUUCAAGUGAAAUUGACAUUGAUUAUGAAGGGAAGAAGUGCCUUGAUUUAAAUGAUGGUGAUGACAAGUUAUCUCUGCUUUCCCAUCAGGUAACGCUCACAAGUACACAAGAAAAAUGAUCCUGUCAAGUGGAAUCUGAAGUAUGUAAAACUUUACUCUGAAACAAGUUUUAGAUGAUAAACCAGAUUCAUAUACUUGCUUUAUCCAACCUUGGCAUCUGCUUAUAAGUUAUAAGCUAAUCGAUUUUUCUAUACCAUAUUAUUUUUUAGACGCUCAAGCUCAUGAUUUUAUUGUGAGCUGAGCAGGUCUUCUCGGGUACCAAGUCUUUUUAGUCUUGAUCAUAUAUUCUUUCUGUAAACAAAAUCUCUUAGGGACCUAGUGAUUUGGUAUUUAUCUUGAUGGAGUUGAAAUAAAUUGAAUGGAAAUUGCAUUA